AUGAACCACGAUUCCGCCACCAAAGGUUCUCCCGAACCAACCCCCACUACUCCAGCGACUACCGCGCACCAACUCCCCGAAAUCACCAGAUUCAUCACAACCCAUAACGCAGACGGCACCGCUACGUUCAGCAACGCCUUCCCAGAUCAAGUUUCUCGGACCUCCGUCCCAGGCGCUCUAUUCACUCUCGGCUACGCAACAGACACACUUCCCGUGGACCUCUCCUCGGACCGCGACUUCACCGCCUACAAGCAGUAUCUGGAGAAUAAUCCGGGGCUAGCCAUUUCGACCGGCUCCGUCUGUCGCAUCGUGGACAUCGGCCCGGACAUAACCAGCGCCAUGCAUCGCACCGUGUCUAUUGACUAUGGGGUUGUUUUGGAGGGCGAGGUGGAAUUGAUCCUUGAGAGUGGGGAGACGAGACGGCUCUCGCGGGGUGAUAUUGCCAUUCAGCGGGGGACUAAUCAUGCUUGGAAGAAUGUGACGAGGAGGGUGGGUGAGGAUGGACGGCAGGAAGCCGGUUGGGCCAGGAUGCUUUAUGUUUUGUUGCCGGUUUUGCCGGUCAAGGUGCAGGGGGAAGUGUUGGGUGAGUCGGUCGUCGGGAUGGGGGUUGCUGAUAGUUCUUGA